CGGUACUUCCAACAUGGCAGGCAGUAAGUUGGUGCUAGAAGGCAGAGUGAGUAUAAAAAGCUUUCUUUUAGGCCUCAGCGUCGUUCUCAUCCCGCUCAUUCGGACCUGGUUCGGACACCUGGACUGGGUCUUUGAUUAUCUGACAGAAACUCCCGGGAAAAUUGCAAUUUGUGUCCACAUUGCGGCGAUUAACGGCCUUUUGCUUGUCAUAUACAGAGGACCAGUGUAUAAGGUUGCUGUGAGAGCCUGCUUCCUGGGAGUUACGUUUGGCUGUGGCCUAAUCAUUAGCUUCUCUGACACCACUUGGACACAUUUUGGCUGGUACAUGUGCUCCCUUUCGUUCUUCCAUUACUCUGAAUACCUGGUGACCGCCGUCAUCAACCCUCGCAGCCUGUCGCUGGACUCGUUCCUGCUCAACCACAGCCUGGAGUACACGCUGGCCGCCAUGUCGUCAUGGCUGGAGUUCACCGUGGAGAAGCUCACUGUUCCAGAGCUGAAGCAUCUAAACUGGGUCAGCUUGGUUGGACUAGUCAUGGUGCUGUGUGGCGAGGGCCUGCGGAAGGCUGCCAUGUUGACGGCCGGCUCCAACUUUAACCACAUUGUCCAGAAUGAGAAAGCCCAGAGCCACGUUCUGGUCACCAGCGGGGUCUACGCCUACUUCAGACACCCGUCCUACGUAGGCUGGUUCUACUGGAGCAUAGGAACUCAGGUCCUGCUGUGCAACCCGGUCUGCAUCCUGGGCUACACGAUAGCCAGCUGGCGCUUCUUCCGGGAGCGGAUAGAGGAGGAGGAGCUCUCGCUCAUCCAUUUCUUUGCCGAGGACUACGUGGAGUACAAGAGGAAGGUCCCCACCGGGCUGCCCUUCAUCUCUGGCAUCCGGGUCAACUAGUCCCCCUAGACCUGGACACCAAGCCCAACAGACUGCAAGCUCCAUAGCAGGUCAGACCUGGUGGCGACGUGUGGUCUGCUGCAGCAGCUGCCGCCCCCUCGAGGUGAAGUCCCGGCCCCCGGCUGAGAGCCUGCAGCACCAGCAGAGGCAGAGUGACGGCAGCUGGGCUGCUGUUUUUCUACCAACAUCCAGUAUAUGAACAGAGAACCUCGGCUGUACACACAUUCCCACUCUCGCCUGUUUCUGUCUGCAUGCUGUCACCACGGCGAUAUGUUUCCACUCAUCUGCUGGCUGCUUUGCCCGGACCCUUCAGCAUCACAUGCCAGAGUUGACUUCAUGUAUUAGAGAUGUUUCACAGAAAAUGAACAACAUUAUGUGGAGGGACACACGAAAGGCUUUUCCCAAUCAGAAGCAUUUAAAUGGAGGACAUGUUGAUGCAGUCUAAAUCUUCUACUGCCUUUAUUUCUACAUCUACUGCUUACUUACUCACCAUAAAAUCAAUAUCCAAAUUUAAUCCUGACCCCACUCUCUUAAGGUCGUAAAACACGUGACAUGUUCUGUCACCUGGUUAGCAUCAAAAUGGGAAUAUUUCUAUAAAAGCCAUGUUUUCUCAUGUGCA